GAGUGGACCAAUAUGAGUGGUGUGCUGCGUCGCGGUUCCUUGAGUUUUGAUUUGCACAAGGGCAGGGGCACCAGCGAGGCGAACCUCUAUGGCGGGUAUCGAGAGACAAAGCCAGCGCCUGGCACACCGGAAAUCAGUGUCAUAGCAUUGGACUUUCGGCGCUACUCGGAUGACUUGAAGAAGGUUGUGGCAGCCCCAGCACCCAGCGCAACAGGACAGCCGCCGCAGGAUCCCGCCAGGCACAACCCUCCCACAGACCUCAGUCAGGAUGUGGACAGUGAUGUAAUAUCGAACUUCCUGGGCCACUACACCCGUUGGAGUUUCCUUUGGACUUUUUUGCUCUGCCUAUUCCAGCUGCCCACCACAUUUCACCUGUUCAUGUUCGUUUUUCAGCUAACACGAGGCGAGGCCUCGCCCAUGUUGCAGCCACGGCUGCCCAGAGAUGUUGAGGAGCUGGACCAGCUGCAGACCACAUUGCUGGAGCGUUUGUUUGGUCAAAUGCGUCGCUGGCAGGCUCAGUGGUGCUGCCUGCUAUCGAUCUUCCAGGCCAUCUGCACAUUUCACAUAUUCAUCUAUGUGUUCCAGACGGCACCCAAGGACUUUUGGUGUGCCCAACCGGCGAAUCUCAGGCAAAUGAAUCUCUCUGAAUGGCGCAAUCUUAGUCAGACAGCCGAUGGCUGCCUCCUGCUGGACGUGGACUAUACCCAGUUGAGUCUCGAGGAUGGCAAGCUGACGAAUUGGCCCGCGAAUGCCAGCGACUUGGGCUACAGGCAGUGCCAGGACUUUGAGUUCUCCGACAAUGAAGCGCUGACACUGGUGCAGGAGUUUGAGCUGGUCUGCGGCCGGGAUAUACUCAGCCUCGUGGAGACCUGCUUCCUGGUGGGCGCUGCCGCUGGAGCCGUGCUCAGUGGCUGGAUUUCGGAUCGUUUUGGCAGGCGACACACCCUAAUGGCAUUCGUGACGAUUCAAAGUGUUUUCGGUGGAAUUUUGGCCUUCUCAACAUCGGUGGCCAUGUUCAUGUCGCUACGUGUUAUAAUUGGAUUCGCAUCAAUGACCGUGACUGUUGUGAGCUUCGUGCUGGUGGUGGAGCUGGUCUCCGGCAAGUGGCGCACCAUAAUCGGCAUUCUCAACAUUCUGCCCGUGGCCAUAACCUACGUCCUGGCCUCUGGCCUGGCCUAUCUCAUACGCGACUGGCGCAUCCUGCAGCUGGUCAUCUCAUGGCCCUGGCUAAUUAUGCUUAGUAUAUGGUUCUGGCUGCCGGAGUCGCCACGUUGGCUGCUGGCCCAGGGCCGCCUGGAUGAACUCUGCGGAUUGAUUGAGCGAGCGGCCAAAACGAAUGGCACCAGCGGCACGCUGCCACACAACUAUCGCAAGACCCUGGAGGCAGCAGUCCCACGGGCGGUCCAGCCCCAGCCAGAGGCCAACAGUGAGGAGGUGAUGGGUGCCAGUGGCAGUCCCAGUGCCGCGCAACUGGACACCCAAAGAAGCGGUCAUGUAAAUCCCCUUCUGGUGGUGUUUGGCGCAAAGUACUGGCGCACCACCUGCCUGACACUGAUCAUUUGGCUGACCCUGAUUAUCAUCUACUUCGGAUUGACGCUUCACCUGAGCAAUCUCGGUGGGAAUAUCUACAUAAACAACGCCGUCGCGGGCACCAUCGAGGCCGUGUCCAUCUGCACGAGCAUCCUGGUGGUGCUCAAGGCAGGCAUUCGCAGGAGUCUCAUCGGUUACAUGCUGCUGCCGGGCAUCUGCUGCCUGGCCACGAAUUUGGUGACCAGCCAGACGGGUGUGAUAGCCCUGGCCACUAUAGCCAAGUGUCUGAUUGGUGCGAACAAUGCCAUCAUUCCCACCUACACGGCCAUGCAGUAUCCGACAAUUGUGCGCAACUUUGGCGUCGGAAUGGGCAAUCUAGCCUCUGGCAUUGGCCUCAUCCUCGUUCCCUUCCUCUGGCAUUUGGAACGCAUUGACGCCCUGCUGCCGCUGAAUGUCAUGGGAGUUUGUGGGCUCAUCGGUGCCAUUGCCAUUUGCCUGAUGAAGGAUGUGAAUUAGCUGGAAUCUGACAACGAAAACUCUCCCGUUUUGACAUGCCUAUCUGUGAUAUAUUGGAACCACACACACACACAUAUGUAUGGGGCAUAGCACCCGCACUUGAACGUUUUUUCUCAUUCUACACUAAACUAAGUUUUUUAUUAAUUUGUUUUUUAUUUAUGUUUCCAUUGAAUUAAAUGAGCUGAAUUUAUUUCUGCUAAA